AAAAAAAACCGCGCCACCAUGGAACAAUUGCUCUUUUUCGUGAAUUACGCCCGCAAGCAUCCGGAAAUGUUGACAUCUAAAUUUGGAAGUGUGAGCGAUUUAUGGGAAACAUUGGCGUUACAAUUAAAUUCAAUGGAUGGCGCAAAACGGACGGCUGAGAAAUGGAAGGAAACCAUGAGUACGUGGAGAAGCCAAUUGAAAUGUCGAGCACGGCGUGGACGAAGUAGUGGCGUACCAGAGUAUGAUCAGUUCGCUUUUGCAGACGAAGAAGAUGCUAGCCAACCGCCUAAACAAUUUAAAGAAACACCAGGAAAUGAGAGUGAGACUGAGAUCAUUACGGAACCUGAAAUAAAGAUAGAAAUUAAAUCAGAAAUAGACGACGAAAACUCAACCAACAUGAAUGAGGCUCGCUCAUUUACUCCAGAAGAGAAUUCCGAAACAGAAGUCACACUAGAUUUUGAAGAAGAGCUUUAUAUAAAAACUGAGGGCGACGAAGAUGCAACCAUUCUGGAAAGUACAUCCACUGAAUUGCUUGAUUUUCCAACAUUGGGCUUUCCGCAAACUUCGCGGUCAGACCAUUUUGUUAUUUCUCGCUCAACAACUACAAAUACCUCAAUGAAAUUCACAGAGACCAGCAAUAACGGAAGUAUCCAACUUAUUUCGCGCGCCUCAAUUGCGGAUGAAUCCAAGAACUCGUCGGAAGAAGCGGCUAUAAAUAGAUGCGACGGUAUUCUUCCACAUCCCAUAGAAGUAAUGGAGGAGCCUUCCAAUAAGAACAGGGACACAUCUCUUGUUUGUCACCCAACAACAGCAUCCAUGGACAAGGCUUCACAAGGCUUGGAUGAGAUGAGUAUACAAAAAAAAAUUGUCCCUCCAGGUUCACAUCCACCUGCGGGCAAUAGGUUAAAAGUUAUCCAAUUGGAUAAUGGACUAUUAAAAAUAAUUGGAGCACCACGAGAAAAAACUACAUUGGAUACUCGACGGAUACAAAUAGUUGGAGCACCACAAGAAAAAACUACAUUGGACAGCGGACGGAGACAAAUAAUUGGUACUCCUCCGUUAGCAACUACUCUAGAUACCACUAGGGUACAAAUUAUUGGUGAGCCUCGACUAACCACUCCACUGGAUACACCUACGAAAGCUUCUGAACUAGUUGAAGAGGAAAUUUGUUGCACAGAAGAUUCUUUGCAACCUGCAUCAUCUUUACAUACUCCACGUGUACCUCAAGACCCGCCAAAUGUAUCGAGGAAGCGCAAGAUGACAUGUCUUAACGAAAUGUAUGAAACAGUUAUCGCAAGCAUGAAGAAACGAGAUGAGCGGGAAGAGCAAAUGUUAUCCGUUUUGCAGGGAUUGACUGUUGCGGUAACCAGGUUGGCGGAUAACGUAAAAAGAUGGGAGGAGGUGUUAUCAUCGUGUUCAAGUGAUUAGUAGAAAAAAGCUCUCAUCGAAUUGGACCAAAACGGCCUUCAUUUUGUGUGUGGCGCUCGCAAGUUGCAAAAAAUUUGAUGGAAAUCUGAAUAAAAGUAAUCAUAAAUGGCACUGAAAA